CUCUGAACGCUUUCAGUCCAGCGCACUGCUGCACAAAUGACAUGAUGUCGAGCGCGCAUGCGCAGAAGGAUUUGUUGGAAAAGGGAUCUAUGAUAACGGCUGAAAAAAAGACUGGAUUUGCAGCAUCCGACAGGUGGUGAGAGAGACAGAGGAGGAGUGUCAAGACCUCUGCUCAUGUUAACCUUUGAGCCUGGUAAAAUAGUGAUGUAACUCAGCAUCAGGACAUUAAAUCACGUUGCUGCUGGAGUAUUAAGGCAUUCGAGGUUAGCCUGACAAAUACAUUGUCCAGUACACAGACAAAAACAGCAGGUAAAGAAACUGAACAAUGAGGAACUCCACAGAGAAACAGAAUGUGGAAGGAGUUUCUUUUAAACAGAGAAGAGAUAGUGCUUCAUUCAUGAGUGCUUUUCCUGAAGGUCCUCCGGUUCUAGAUUACAGGGAACCAGAACCUCCUUCUAAGAAGCACAAGUACCAGCAAAGCUUGAAAACCCUCAUCCCAUUCCGUUUUGGCUCAAACUCACACCCAGUGGAUGAUGCUGGUUUUUUCUCCUUCACAUCAUUUGCAUGGAUGUCACCCAUGAUGUGGAAGCUCUUUAGGAAUCGGUUAGAUGAGGACUCACUUUUUCUCUCACCUCAUGAUGGAGCCCACACCAAUGGAGAAAGGCUUCAAAGACUGUGGGAUGAGGAAGUUGCCCAUGUGGGUCUAGAGAAGGCAUCUCUUCCUGCAGUGGUCAUGCGUUUCCAGAAGACAAGAUUUAUAGUGGCAUUCUUCGUCUCUGUCCUGUUUGCUUUCGGAGCAUUUGUUGGUCCGUCUAUUUUAGUAAAUGAAAUCCUUAGCUACAUUGAGCAGCCUGAGUCAUCUACACUGUUGCAUGGCGUCGGUUUGUGUGUGGCCCUGUUCGUGGGUGAAUUUAGCAAGGCAUUUUUUGCAUCGCUCCUGUGGGCUCUGAACUUGCGCACCGCUGUGAGAGUGAAGGGAGCUUUCUCAAUGCUCGCUUUCAAGAAAAUCAUCUCUCUCAGAAGUCUAACCAGCAUUAGUAUAGGAGAGACAAUAAAUGUGUUGACGAGUGAUGGCUAUCGAAUGUUUGAGGCAAUCAUGUUUGGAACAUUUCUGCUGUGUGUUCCGUUCCUGCUGAUCAUAUGUAUCAUAUAUGCCUGCGUCAUUCUGGGAUACACAGCACUUAUUGGAAUUCUGGUCUACUUGAUCUUCCUACCAAUACAGUUUUCAAUUGCCAGGCUGAUUGGUGUGUUUAGACGGCGGACUGUGUCUGUGACAGACAGACGUGUUCGCACUAUGAAUGAAGUUCUGACUUGCAUCAAACUCAUUAAGAUGUAUGCGUGGGAGGAGUCUUUUGAAAAAACCGUCACAGAUAUCAGGAAAAAGGAGAAGUUGCUAUUACAAAAGGCUGGUUAUGUUCAGAGUUUAAACACUUCCUUUACAACGAUAGUUCCCACACUAGCAACCAUCCUCACCUUCAUUGUCCACACUGCUCUGAACCUGCCUCUUCUACCUUCUACUGCCUACACUAUCAUUGCUGUAUUUAACUGCAUGAGGAUGUCUAUGGGCUUGUUGCCAUUUUCUGUUAAAGCGGUGGCUGAGGGUAAAGUGGCUCUCGCUAGACUCAAGAAGCUUAUGUUGGUACAGAACCCCAAAGGUUAUCUCACACAGGAUAAGAAUAUGGAUGUAGCGCUGGCCGUGGAAAAGGCCUCAUUCUCCUGGAGCCUGCCAGAUGCCAUGAACUCCACCGAGAAGCCUAAAGAUUCUUCUGAAAAUGCCGACUUCAAACCUUCACUCAGAAACGUCAGCUUCACACUUUCAAAGGGAAGACUGCUUGGGGUGUGUGGCAAUGUUGGAAGUGGAAAAACAUCUCUGAUUUCAAGUAUUCUUGAGCAGAUGCAUCUUCUAAGUGGGUCUGUGUCAGCUAAUGGAACAUUAGCAUAUGUGUCCCAGCAAGCCUGGAUAUUCCACGGGACUGUAAGGAACAAUAUCCUAAUGGGAGAACCAUUUGACCAAACCAGAUAUGCCAGAGUUAUUCAUGCCUGCUCUCUGAAACCUGAUCUGGAAAUACUUCCAUAUGGAGACCAGACAGAGAUUGGAGAGCGAGGUAUUAAUCUUUCAGGUGGUCAGAAGCAGAGGGUCAGUUUGGCCAGGGCAGUGUAUUCUAACAGAGACAUCUUCCUUUUGGAUGAUCCUCUGUCUGCUGUUGAUGCACAUGUUGGGAAGCACAUAUUUGAAGAAUGCAUCAAGAAAGAGCUGAAGGGCAAAUCAGUCAUUCUGGUCACUCAUCAACUGCAGUAUUUGGAGUUUUGUGAUCAGGUGUUGCUGUUGGAUAAUGGGGAGAUAAAGGAGGCAGGGACUCACAGUGAUUUGAUGAAAGCUAAAGACCGCUACGCUCACCUCAUUAACAACUUCCAGCUGGAACAGAGCAAUGAAAAUUCAGAGUCUGAUUCCAAAACACAUACUGAACACAAUGACUCUAAACAGACCAAUCCAGAUGAGCCCAAAGUCAACGGAAUCGAAAAUCCAGCUUUUGAUAUAUCUGAUGAGAAACAUGCAACAAAUGAAUUACCCAAAAACUCCACAGAAACAAAAGGGAAAAAGGAUCAAUUAGUAACACGAGAAGUGUCGCUUGAAGGUGCAGUUACAUGGAGGACUUACCACGAAUACUGCAAAGCUGCCGGAGGGUAUAUACUGCUGUUCAUUGUUAUUCUUUUCUUCAUUCUUCUCGUGGGAUCGACUGUUUUCAGCAGUUGGUGGCUGAGCUACUGGUUAGAUCAGGGGUCAGGGAACAGCAGUAGUAAUUCAUCAAGCAGUGGUAAUAUCUCAGAGAAUCCAGACCUGCCAUUCUACCAAAUGAUUUAUGGCAUUAUUAUUGUUGUUAUGGUACUGCUGUGUAUUGCCAAGGGCUACACCUUCACUAAAGUCACUUUGCGUGCUUCUUCCAAACUGCAUGACACCAUGUUCAAACGGAUCCUUGGCAGCCCAAUGAGUUUUUUUGACACAACUCCAACUGGCCGCCUGGUGAACCGCUUCAGUAAAGACCAAGAUGAGGUUGAUGCAGUUUUGCCGUUCAACAUGGAGAACUUUUUGCAGUUCUGUCUGAUCGUCACUUUCACCCUUCUUACCAUCUGCGUAGUGUUCCCAUACCUUCUGAUCGCCGUGGCAGUUCUCGCAGUCAUCUUUGCCACAAUCCUAUAUGUUUUCCAAAGGAGCAUUCGUCAGAUGAAGAGGAUGGAGAACGUGAGUCGUUCUCCCUGGAUCUCUCUCACCACCUCCACCAUACAGGGACUCAGCACCAUCCAUGCCUAUGACAAAAGAAAGCAGUACAUUGAACAGUUUAAGAUGCUGAGUGACACCAACUCAAACCACUUCAUGCUGUUUAAUUGUGGAACUCGCUGGCUGUCAUUUUGGUUAGACUUCCUGUCCGCUACUGUUACUCUGAUAGUGGCACUUUUUGUAGUGCUCAGCUCCAAUGAGGCCAUAAACCCUUCUCAGAAGGGCCUGGCCUUAUCUUACACAAUACAGUUAACAGGAAUCCUUCAGUUUGUGGUGAGAUUGUCCACCGAAGUGGAGGCGAAGUUUACCAGUGUAGAGAGGCUGCUGGAGUAUAUUACGAAUUGUGUAUCAGAGGGUCCACGAAGUGUGAAGGAUGUGAGUACUUCCGCCGGCUGGCCACAGGAGGGCGCCAUUACCUUUAAAAACUACAGUAUGAGAUACAGGGACAACACACCCAUAGUCCUCAAUAAUCUCCACAUAAAUAUUAAGCCAGGAGAAAAAGUCGGCAUUGUGGGACGCACUGGCUCUGGGAAGUCCUCUCUGGGUGUGGCAUUGUUCCGUCUGGCAGAGCCUGCUGAGGGCACUAUAUUUAUAGAUGAUGUGGACAUCUGCAAGCUGGGGUUGAGAGAUCUUCGCAGCCAACUCUCCAUCAUACCACAGGAUCCUGUACUCUUCAUCGGCACUGUCAGGUAUAACCUGGAUCCCUUUAACAACUACAAAGAUGAGGAGCUCUGGCUUGCUUUAGAAAAGACCUUCAUUAAGGACACGAUUGCUAAGCUGCCAGAGAAGUUGCACUCUCCAGUAGUGGAGAAUGGAGAGAAUUUCUCGGUCGGAGAGCGGCAGCUCAUGUGUAUGGCUAGAGCGCUCCUUCGCAAUUCAAGAAUCAUUCUACUGGACGAGGCGACAGCAUCUAUAGACUCCGAGACUGACAGCAUGAUCCAGCACACCAUCAGAGAUGGUUUCCAGCACUGCACUAUGCUCACAAUCGCCCACAGAAUCAACACAGUAUUGGAGAGUGACCGCAUGCUAGUCAUGGACCAGGGCAAGGUGGUUGAGUUUGAUCCACCACAGGACCUGAUACAGAGGCCGAACUCUUUAUUUGCAUCACUUCUAGCAGCAGCAAAUCAAGUGAACUCGUGAAGCACUCACAUACUCAUAUAGACCUUCACACUGUUGCAAGAGUCUG